GCGUGGUUUGAGUUUGGGAAAAUUCAGAGAAUAGCGUAACAGUAAGUCUUAAGGGAGAAAUUUGGUAAAUGAAACUCGAAUUAAGACAUGGAAAUCGCCUUUUAAGUGUGAUGCUGGGAAAUCUAAUCCAUGCCUUCAUCCUGCUCUGAGAAGACUCUGUCGCCUCACUCACACGUCUGACCGCUGGAGGAAGAAGGCAAAAACUUUUGAAGGCGCUGCGUCAAGUCGCGCGGAUCCAGUGGGAUGAAACUCUUCUGUUUUGUGCUUCAUUCCUCGCGUGCACAUUCACGGACACAUUCCACCUAGGAAGCCAACGGCAGCUUCAACUAAUAAUGCGGCGUGAUUGAUCAUCGACAGGAGACAAUACCCAUCCACUGCUUUCCAUUCCUACAUACUCACUGGAUAUCUGUAGACGAAGUGCGGGCGACGAGGCUUUUGUUCUGCGGUGUUACUCGCUUUUGUGACAGGACUUAUUCCGUUUAUCUCAAUAUGACGUCUCCGGCUAAAUUCCGAAAGGACAAGGAAAUUAUAGCCGAAUAUGAAACGCAAGUUAAAGAGAUCCGAGCCCAGUUGGUGGAGCAGCUUAAGUGUUUGGACCAGCAAUGUGAGAUCCGUGUGCAACUCCUGCAGGACCUGCAGGACUUCUUCCGCAAGAAGGCAGAGAUCGAGAUGGACUAUUCCCGCAACCUAGAGAAACUAGCCGAGAGGUUCCUGGCCAAGACACGGUACACAAAGGACCCUCAAUUUAAGAAAGAGCAGAAUGUCUUGUCUCCGGUCAACUGCUGGAACCUUCUCUUGACUCAGGUGAAAAGAGAGAGUCGAGACCACGCCACUCUCAGUGAUCUAUACCUCAACAACAUCAUCCCACGCUUCGCCCAAAUCAGCGAGGACUCAGGACGCCUCUUCAAAAAGAGUAAAGAGGUGGGCCUCCAGCUGCAGGAAGAUUUGAUGAAGGUCCUCAACGAGUUGUACACGGUGAUGAAGACCUAUCACAUGUACAACAUGGACAGCAUCAACGCCGAGAGCAAGCUGAAGGAUGCGGAGAAGCAAGAAGAGAAGCAGAUGAGCCGCAACGUCCGACACGAGGACAGGCAGACCCCGCGCUCACCCGACUCCCUCACCAGCAUCAAGAUCGAGGAGAAACAUGUGCGCCGCAGCUCCGUCAAGAAGAUUGAGAAGAUGAAGGAGAAGCGGCAAGCAAAAUACACUGAGAACAAGCUGAAAGCCAUCAAGGCCAGGAAUGAGUACCUUCUUGCUCUGGAGGCCACCAACAACUGCGUCUUCAAAUACUACAUCCAUGAUCUGUCUGACCUCAUAGAUUGCUGUGACCUAGGCUACCAUGCCAGCCUGAGUCGUGCACUGCGUACCUACCUCUCGGCUGAGUUUAACGUUGAGACUUCCAAGCACAGUGGUCUGGAGACCAUCGAAAAUGCUGCAGAGAACCUAGAGGCCAACGCAGACAAACAAAGGCUCAUGGAGACCUACAACAACGUCUUUUGCCCUCCGAUGCGCUUCGAUUUCCAGUCUCACAUGGGUGAUAUGGUGGGACAUAUGUGUGCCCAGCAGCCUGUGCAGGUUGAGCUCAUCCAGAGAUGCCAGCAGCUACUGUCCCGCCUGUCCACACUGAAGAUAGAGAAUGAAGAGGUGAAGAAGACGAUGGAGGCCACUCUACAGACCAUCCAGGACAUGGUGACCAUUGAGGACUUUGAUGUGACUGACUGUUUUCACCACAGUAACUCAAUGGAGUCAGUCAAGUCCACUGUGUCUGAGUCUUUCAUGAGCAAACCCAGCCUAGCCAAGAGACGAGCCAACCAGCAGGAGACAGAACAGUUCUACUUCACGAAACUGAAGGAGUUUCUGGAGGGCAGGAACCUCAUCACCAAACUACAGGCUAAACAUGAACUGAUCCAAAAGACUCUGGGAGAAAGUCAGAAGACCGACUACUGCCUCGCCAGCGGACGGAGGAACUCCACUCUGCGGAAACAGGAGUCCAGCCAAAUCAUUCCCCUGAUGGUGGAGAGUUGUAUUCGCUUCAUCAGUCGACACGGUCUCCAUCACGAGGGGAUAUUCAGGGUGUCUGGCUCCCAGGUGGAAGUCAAUGACAUUAAGAACGCCUUUGAAAGAGGUGAGGAUCCGUUGGCUGGGGAACAGAAUGAUCACGAUAUGGACUCCAUCGCUGGAGUGUUAAAGCUCUACUUCAGAGGCCUGGAUAACGCCCUCUUUCCUAAGGAAGUCUUCCAUGACCUAAUGUCCUGUGUCUCCAUGGAGAACCUCCAGGACAGAGCUGUCCACAUCCACAAAGUCCUGCUGUCAAUACCCAGCAACACCCUGCUUAUCAUGAGAUACCUGUUCGCUUUCCUCAACCAUCUGUCCCAGUAUAGUGACGACAACAUGAUGGACCCCUACAACCUGGCUAUCUGCUUCGGCCCCACACUCAUGUCUGUGCCCGAGGGCCAUGACCAAGUCUCCUGCCAGGCACAUGUAAACGAGCUCAUCAAAACCAUUAUUAUCCAUCACGAGAGGAUCUUUCCAGGGCCUCGUGAGCUGGAGGGGCCCAUUUAUGACCGUGGAGGAGCCACUGAGGAAUACUGUGAUAGUCCACACAUUGAGCCCCCCCUAGUGGAUGAACCCGCACCUGACACCACCUCUGAAAUCCACAACAGCGAUGAUGUAAAGUCAGGGUCCUUGAACGUUUCAGAGUCUGACCCCAUCGAGGCCAUCGCACGUUUCGACUACACUGGACGCACCAACCGCGAGCUUUCCUUUAAGAAGGGGGCGUCUUUGCUGCUGUACCACCGUGCAUCUGAGGACUGGUGGGAGGGUCGCCACAACGGCGCAGAGGGACUCAUUCCACACCAGUACAUAGUAGUGCAGGACAUGCCGGAUGGAUAUGCAGGCAGAGGAAGUCCCAAAGCUGACCUAGAGGCAUCCCAUGAUUCUGUGGAAGAGAAGGUGUCCUCCAGAGCCAGUGCCAGUUCACCCAUUGGAGGCCAUGUGGCUGAUAUAUACCUAGCUAACCUCAACAAGUUGAGGAAACGUCCAGAAUCAACCAGCAUCCGGAGAACAAUCCGGACAGUGGAGGGGCUUGGUGAGGGCUCAUCUGGAGCCGCAGGGGGGUUAAAGACCUCCUCCAUGCCUGCAGGUGGACUGGCCAAGGAGGGGACAGACAAGCGACCAGUCAGCGCUCACAGCGUCCUGAACUCCAUCACUCGCCACUCAUCUCUGAAGACUAAGGUGGAAGGUCCUCAGCUCCGAAAGUCUACGCCUGCAGGACGAUCCAAGAGUUUCAGCAACCACAGACCACUGGACCCGGAGGUCAUCGCUCAGGUGGAGCACAGCUCACAGGACAUUGAGGCCACUAUGAACACGGCUCUAAGUGAGCUGCGGGAGCUGGAGCGGCAGAGCAGUGUCAAACACGCUCCUGAUGUUGUGCUGGACACUCUAGAGCAGCUAAAAAGCGGCGGGGCGUCUGAACCCUCCAGCCCGCUUCAUUCCCGCCUGCUCCGCGAGGCCGACUCCUCCCAGCAUCCUCUGCAGCGCAGCGCCAGUUCGGCAAGCGACAUGCCCUCCACCUUCCGGCCCGGCAAGAGCGCCGGUCCCAAGAGCCCUCUUUCGUCAAUGUCUACCACAGGUCUGUCUGCUUCCGGCUCCAGCUUCAGAGAUAACAGACCCCCAGCCACCAAACCCAAGCCUGUUGUGUUCCCAAAAAGCAGUUCGGCUGGGGGCAGUCCAGCGAUGGGAUCCCCGACCACCACCAUACCACCAACACCACCACCACCACCACCCCCUCCGCCACCCACCGACAAGUCCUGUCCGGUCUGAGGCUUUACAGCCUCUAUUCCAAUCUGUUUCUUAGUAAUUCCAAGAGCACCCUCUGAUACAGACUUUUUGUUUUGGAUCUUAACAGAAAACUGCGGACAACUUAACGGACUCAAACUGAUAUUGGAAGCUUGCGUGAGUGAGCAUGAGUGUGUGUGUGUGUGGAAUUAAUAAACUAUUGGAGUGAUUUUACAGCACUGUUUUAGUUUGGAUUGAGACAUGGACAUCAGCAAUCCCUCUUUUCUAAUCCCAAAUGAGUGGUUUGGAGUUUUUCUGCCUGUAUAGACUGAUUUUAUGGGAAAGGGGUCAGACUUUGAGGACAAACAAGCAAUGGAUAGACUUUUUUCCUCUCAAACUCGGGUGCUGGCGCAACUUGAAGCAGGUUACAGACGGCACAG